UUCCACCCGGGAGACUGUAACCUGGACUCGAGUCCCGCCUCCACCAGGCAGGAUGAGCUUGUUUUCUCCCUGCUCUCCCUUCGGACGGUGAACUCCUCCCGCUCUGCCUAUGCCUGCUUCCUCUUUGCCCCGCUCUUCUUCCAGCAGUACCAGGCGGCCAGCCCUGGUCAGGACCUGCUGCGCUGUAAGAUCCUGAUGAAGUCCUUCCUGUCCGUCUUCCGUUCGCUGGCUAUGCUGGAGAAGACUGUGGAAAAAUGCUGCAUCUUCCUGAAUGGCAGCAGCAGCCGCCUGGUGGUCCAGCUGCACUGCAAGUACGGGGUGAGGAAGACUCACAACCUGUCCUUCCAGGACUGCGAGUCCCUGCAAGCCGUCUUCGACCCAGCCUUGUGCCGCCACGUGCUUCGUGCCCCAGCACGGGUCCUGGGGGAGGCUGUUCUGCCUUUCCCACCUGCGCUGGCUGAAGUGACGCUGGGCAUUGGCCGUGGCCGCAGGGUCAUCCUGCGCAGCUACCAGGAAGAGGAAGCAGACAGCACCGUCAAAGCCAUGGUGACUGAGAUGAGCAUUGGAGAGGAGGAUUUCCAGCAGAUGCAGGCCCAAGAAGGGGUGGCCAUCACUUUUUGCCUCAAGGAAUUCCGGGGGCUCCUGAGCUUUGCAGAGUCAGCAAACUUGUCUCUUAGCAUUCACUUUGAUGCUCCAGGCAGGCCAGCAAUCUUCACCAUCAAGGACUCUCUGCUGGAUGGCCACUUUGUCUUGGCCACACUCUCAGACACUGACCCACACUCCCAGAACCUGUGCUCCCCAGAGCUCCACCAGCCAGUGCCUCAGAUCCAAACCCACAGCACACCCCACUUGGAUGACUUUGCCAAUGAUGACAUUGACUCUUACAUGAUCGCCAUGGAAACCACAGUAGGCAAUGAGGGCUCAAGGGUACUGCCCUCCAUUUCCCUUUCACCUGGCCCGCACUCAGAGGAGGAAGAUGAAGCUGAGCCCAGUACAGUGCCUGGGACUCCCCCACCCAAGAAGUUCCGCUCGCUGUUCUUUGGCUCUAUCCUGGUCCCUGUACACUCCCCCCAGGGCCCCAGCCCUGUGCUGGCUGAAGACAGUGAGGGUGAAGGCUGAGUUGAGAACCUGAAGUCUUGUCCAGAGGCCAUGGACUAAAUGAAGCCCUAGCCAGCACGGGCCUGAAUCUCAGCCCUGGGGGGUCAUAAAGGUGGGCUGUGCUGGAGCUAAGCUGGCUGUUCUGCUACCUCCUGCAGGCCAUUGACCGUGAUGGGCCUGGGACCUGUAACGUCCUCCCAAUUAUCAAGCAAUCAUGUCUGCUCCCAGGCCUGGUGCUGGGCAGCCAUCUGA